AUGGCAUGGUGCUGGUGGGGUCCUGGAGGGGAGUGGAUGUGCUAUAACGAAGAAGACUCACGGAAGGUGGAGGAUGCCUUCAUUAGACAGACGCGCACAUUCAUCCUGGACACCAAUGGCUAUCAGUAUGUCAUCGACCUGCAUGAUAUGUCACAGCGCAACACGUCAAGCGGACGGAAGCGCCAAAUCUGGAGGUGCUCGGACGAGGUGCCCGAUGGCGUGACUUUGUACACCUUCACCUGGGAUGGGGAGCCUUACGACCUGGUGACUUGUGCCUACCUGUCCAUAUGCAUGGCACAGGGUCGGGCAACGUGCUCCUUCUACAUUUCAAGGAGGAAGUUCACGGUGGACUUCAGGGAGAUGUUCCAACGGAGCACGGAAACUGGGAGGUUGAGAUCUGUGGCUUUGGGCCCUGAGCUCAAGCCCAUCCCUCGGGGCCGGUUGGGGCUGCGUCCAGAGGAUGUUGUGAUGGAACAUGCCACCACAGCAGAAGAUACGUGCAGCAUUUGCCUCGACGGUUUUGCAGACGAACCGCCAGUCCGCCUGAAGCUCUGUAGAGGCCACUACUUCCACAGGGCAUGUGUUGAGCAAGCGUUCCAGCGCAAGUCUAGCUGCCCAGUAUGCUCCAAGAUCUACCAACCCCUGUUUGGCACCCAGCCACCAGGCCAGAUGAUAGUCAGGAGGAGGCACGACAUGACACUGCCGGGCGUUGGAUUUCCUGGAGCAAUUGUCAUCAAAUACAUCUUUCCGCACGGGAUCCAAAAGCCUGAACAUUACCAUCCAAACGCUGAGUACAUGGGUACCAAACGGGUAGCAUAUCUGCCAUGGACGCGUGAAGGAGAGCAGGUGGCAGAAUUGCUGCUCAGGGCGUUCCGCCACCGGUUGACCUUCGCCAUAGGCCGCUCAGCCACCACCGGCCUCGAGGACUGCGUGAUAUGGAACGGCAUCCACCACAAGACGAACGUGCAGGGGGGCCCUGGUAAUCACGGGUACCCGGACAGCGGCUACCUGCAGCGGGUGCGCGAGGAGCUCCAGGCCUUUGGAAUUUCAUAA